AGCGGCGCACUGGGCAUGCGCAAGCGCGGUCCGGGACGGGCGGGUCGCGGGUUCAGGUGGAGCGCGGUGACCGCCGGCGACCGCGGCUGCACUCGCCACGCUUUGGAGGCUUCGGCCGCCGCUGGAGCCCGCCCGUCGCCUUGGCCCCCUUGUGGACUGCGCGCCGGCCCCACCACCUGGGCCCACCCGCGAGCCGCUACUUCUGGCGCCCAGGCCGCCGCAGUGACCCCGCCCCCGGGCCAAGGAUGUGAGGCGGGCCGGGCGUCCCCGCACCAGGCCCGGGCGCCAGCAGUGGGCGUCUGGGCCGUGCCAGGCGAUGGCCCUGCUGCCGGUGCCCCUCGCCUUCAGGGCCCGGGGCCAGUGAGGCUGCCGGCGGGUGCGGGCGAGUGGCCCUGUCGCGGCGCGGGCGCCAUGGAGGGCGUGCUGUAUAAGUGGACCAACUAUCUGAGCGGUUGGCAGCCUCGAUGGUUCCUUCUCUGUGGGGGAAUAUUAUCCUAUUAUGAUUCUCCUGAAGAUGCCUGGAAAGGUUGCAAAGGGAGUAUCCAAAUGGCAGUCUGUGAAAUUCAAGUUCAUUCUGUAGAUAAUACCCGCAUGGACCUGAUAAUACCUGGGGAACAGUAUUUCUACUUGAAGGCCAGAAGUGUAGCUGAGAGACAGCGGUGGCUGGUGGCCCUGGGGUCAGCCAAGGCUUGCCUGACAGACAGUAGGACCCAGAAGGAGAAAGAAUUUGCUGAGAAUACUGAAAACUUGAAAACGAAAAUGUCGGAACUAAGACUCUACUGUGACCUCCUUGUUCAGCAAGUAGAUAAAACAAAAGAAGUGACCACAACUGGUGUUUCUAAUUCUGAGGAGGGAAUUGAUGUGGGAACUCUGCUGAAAUCAACCUGCAAUACUUUUCUGAAGACCUUGGAAGAAUGCAUGCAGAUCGCAAAUGCAGCCUUCACCUCUGAACUUCUUUAUCGCACUCCUCCAGGAUCACCACAACUGGCCAUGCUCAAAUCCAGCAAGAUGAAACAUCCGGUUGUACCAAUUCAUAACUCAUUGGAAAGGCAAAUGGAACUGAACAGUUGUGAAAAUGGAUCUUUAAAUAUGGAAAUAAAUGGUGAUGAAGAUAUCCUAAUGAAAAAUAAGAGCUCCUUGUAUUCAAAAUCUUCAGAGAUAGACUGCAGCAUAUCAAGUGAAGAAAAUACUGAGGAUAAUAUAACAGUCCAAGGUGAAAUAAUUAAGGAAAAUGGAGAGAAAAACCUGGGAAAUGACAACGACUUGGCACAGUCUGGAUCAGAUUCCUCAAGUUGCUCUCCAGAAUCCCUCUGGGAAGAAGGCAAAGAAGUUAUUCCAACUUUUUUUAGUACCAUGAACACCAGCUUUAGUGACAUUGAACUUCUGGAAGACAGUGGCAUUCCCACAGAAGCAUUCUUGGCAUCAUGUUAUGCUGUGGUUCCAGUAUUAGACAAACUUGGUCCUACAGUGUUUGCUCCUGUUAAGAUGGAUCUUGUUGGAAAUAUCAAGAAAGUAAAUCAGAAGUAUAUAACCAACAAGGAAGAAUUUACUACCCUCCAGAAGAUAGUGCUACAUGAAGUGGAGGCGGAUGUAGCUCAGGUUAGGAACUCAGCUACUGAAGCCCUCUUGUGGCUGAAGAGAGGUCUCAAAUUUUUAAAAGGGUUUUUGACAGAAGUGAAAAAUGGAGAAAAGGAUAUUCAGACAGCCCUGAAUAAUGCAUAUGGUAAAACAUUACGGCAACACCACGGCUGGGUAGUCCGAGGGGUUUUUGCGUUAGCUCUGAGGGCAGCUCCAUCCUAUGAAGACUUUGUAGCUGCUUUAACCAUAAAGGAAGGUGACCACCAGAAAGAAGCUUUCAGUAUUGGAAUGCAGAGGGACCUCAGCCUUUACCUCCCUGCCAUGGAAAAGCAGUUGGCCAUACUGGACACUUUAUAUGAGGUACAUGGGCUGGAGUCUGAUGAAGUGGUGUGACGGCUGCAGGACAUUGCCUCCUAACUUCAGGGAAUAAAGUUUGCUAAAGAGUUGUGUUGCCCUACUUAAUUUCCAGCAACAGCUUCAAUCCUCUCCAAACCCUUUCUUGGCGGGGGAUGGACAGGAGGAGGCAAAACCCAGUGCUUUUAUAUAUAAUUUUUUAAAAUAAGUGUUUUGUGUGUUUAAAAAUCAAGGUGCUAUAUAUUUCAGUUCAACGGACCUACUGGAAACCAAAUCAUAGCUGUUACAGACUUGAACGGCAAGUAAUAAGAGCAGAUUUCACAAAUGAGUUUGUUGGCAUUGUUUUGUUUUAGAUUUUAGUUUUAAAGGGAUAUUCAAACCUAAGCUAUAAAUGAGCAAAUUCUGUAUCAAGGAUAAGUCAGUUAAUGUUUAAAUUUCUUAGAAUGAGCACUUGGAGUGUAAGCCCCUUAGUUGAAGCAAUUACAAUGUAGAAUUUGCUAUUUGUGGAUGUUCUUCAGAGAAAUCUCUUCUCUGUGAGAAGAGGUUUAGUCAUUGCUGAGACCAUGAGAUUGUUGGAUGACAACAUGGACUGCCAUCCCCAUUGAUAGGUAGAAGACUAUGGCUUCAUGAAAUGAGUGGUGUGCCCUAACCCCACUCUAGAGGACAGUAGUAGUGGUGGGCCAGGUCAUUUGAAAUGAUACCUACCUAGUGCCUCCUCUUAGCCAGCCUAUUUCCUAUGCAUAGUAAAAUUUAGAGGUAAAGGGGUCUGCUUAAGGUACCCUCUUAAGUAGAGGAGCCAGGUGAUUUCAAAGUGGACCACCUCUGUAUCAAAGUCAAACGGAGUGCUUAUUCAAAGAGCAUAUUCCCAAAAUACCUGGAGAACCCAAAUCUGGGGUUGGGACUGAGGAAUCUGCAUUUGGACUAACUUCCCAAGUGAUUCUUAUGCACACAAAGUUGAAGAACCAUUCAAUUAAAUUCGAAUUUUCAUAAUUCCCAGUGUUUUUCAAAACUAAAUAUGUUCUUUGAAAAAGACCCAUAAUUUAAGUAAAAUAAUUAAAUGGAGAUCAGGUUUAUUCAGCAGCAGUCUUAAUUGAACCAGCCUCAGCAUCCAACUUGGUUUAACAUUCAGGGGCUAUGGCUCUAGAAUCUUCUCCCUCAUCAAGCUCAGCUUAAUAACCAAGAGUACAGAGCUAAGUGCAGCUGCUUAUCAAUCUCAAAAGCUUUGGAUGAUGUCAGAAUUCAUAGAUGGAACUUGAGAAUUUCAUAAAACAAUCUUGGGCAGGCAUUCUUCUACAAAGUAUGAUUCCCCAAACUGGGGCCCUCAUCUCCCAGUGGUAGGCCAGUCUGCUUGGAGUGUGCAAAGGAGAGAAGCCAUGAGUGCCUUCCCCAUCAGAGGCUACUUCCUUCUGGCAACAGAAGGGGAAGUUCCAGCAUAAGGUAGUUCCCAUGGUAGAAGUGAGUUCCUUUGAGGGAUGUACGUGAAUGGAGCAGCUAUGGAUGAUGCUGUUCUUGAUAGAGACCCCUAGUGCAGGGAAAUCAUCUCCUUAGAAAACUUCAGUAGGGAGGGUACUGAUUUUGUUUGUUUGUUCAUUUAGUUAGCUGAAUUAAUGAAGCAAGUAGGGUUUGGUGUUAGGCUGAGAUAGGAGGAUCACUUGAGUCCAGGAGUUGAAGGCCAGCCUGAGCAACAUAGCAAGACCCCACCAAGAAAAAUUAGAUAAUAUUUUAAAAAAAUGAGCAGGUAUUUCAUCUACAUAAGAACUUCUGCAAAGUACUUAAAUUUAGAAAAAAACAGCUUCAUAUGUUUUUAAGGCCAGGGAGGAAAAGGGUGAUAAAAUUAUAUUGAUUGUAUUAUAUUUUAGCAUUUGCUCUUAGUAGCUGCUAAGUUGUGUAUGUUAUUUUCCUUCACUUCUGUGAGUAUUUUAUAUGAAUCUCAUUCUCUGGCUGGUAUGAAUGAGAGGGUGGGCUUAGGGGACAAUUUACACUUCUUGUGCUUGAAGUCACCUCCCAAAAGGGAAAAAGAAAAAGCAGUCAGACUUUGCUUAUACUCUGAGGAAAGAUACUUUAGGCACUGUGCCAUUAAUAGGAGAUGGUUACCAGGAAAUUAUUCAUGUUAAGAAGUAUGACUGUACUAAGCAACUGCUGGUGCUCCUCAUCACCUCAGGUGAACUCUUAUAGUCUCUUGGAGAAGAGGUGGGCACUUUGAAAAUAAUCUCAGGUUGCUGUCAUGGCUCUGAAUGCACACAAAAGGAAAGCUGCUAUUUCAUAUUUUUAUAGAUACUGUAUAGGUGUUUAUGACUCAAUUUUUGGAGGAAGAGGAGUUUAGUAUUAUCUAGGAUCAUUGGGAACCCAGAUCAGAUAGAAUAGCUUGCAUCCCUUUCAGCUUCCAAACACUCUUUUUUCACCUGUUCGUCACUGAAACAUUAAGUUUGCCUAAGAUGUGCAAAACUGAGGAUUCUUAUGUAAAACAGUAUUUUAUUUUUUUGGUAAAUCUUAUACCAAACAACAAAUGCAGCUUGACCUGAACCCUAGCAAAAUUGGAGUUUCCUCCUGAAUCUGUGAUAUUUGUUUCUUCAUUUUAGUUAAAGAUAUAAUUUAUGCUUAUUUGCAGUUAUUUUAUAAGAAGGAGACAAUGAAAAAAGAUACUUACAGCUUUCUCCCAUGGUACAGCAAAAGUUCUGGAACACCUAAGCUUUCUUUGACCUUGAUAGUGAGAGAUGCAAAGUCUAGUAUGUUUGGUGACAGAGUAGUCAUUUUUUCAUUGCUCAAAACACUUUUAGGAUUCCUAUUCUAGCAUAACCUUUAGAGAGAACCUGAAGAAAAAGGAGGUAUGUCUUACUAGAUAUUAGCAGAAGCAAAUAAGCAGCACUGCUGACCCCUUAUGAGCAAUUCACACACUCAAUUUCAUCUAGCGUCACUUGUGGAAACCAGCCUUUGCCCUCGCCACAUAUCAGUGUGUGUUUGUUGUAUUGAACAAAGACCUUUCAAUGAUGGCAAGUCUUAUCCUUUGAAAGUAAAUCUGAUUCAUUACAGCUAAUACUGGUGAAAAAUGGUAAAUUGGAGGGAUAUCUUUCAGGGUUGAAACCGACUUUUAACUAUAAGAAGGAAAUGAUUUUUGUGUGUGUGUGUGAGUUCUAGCUCCAGCUUUGAAGGAAGUUUCACAAGGAGGUUCUAAGAAUGCUGAACCCCUAGGCCCCAGGGAAUGGAUUUGGGGAAUUCACUGGUUUAUUAAGUAGUGGCUUAACAUACCUUCUCAUUAUUAUUUGUGUGUCAUUCUGAAAAUGAAAGUUUCCCCUACUAAUGUCAUUAUUCUAUGAUGGAGACAUCUGAACUUCACAGUUCAGCCUUGUGACUUUUCUUUCUUCUUUGCUACUAAAAAUCCUCAUCAGUGCUCCCAUUAACACACCAAAUCUAUUCCCACUUCUAGUUGUUGGGCCAGUAGCAGUUUCUAGCCUAGGGAGGCAUUUGGUACUCAGCCAGACCAUAAGAGAUUUGGGCAGAACUCCUGUUUACAGCUGUAGGGCAGCUAAUGCCAUAAUGUGUAACACCUGAAAGGCAUGCUGGUAUCGGGUAGUGCCACUGGGGAAGUUUGCAUCUUUUGAUUAUUCCAAAAACAUUACCAGAAAGUUAAUGCUUCAUAUUUUCAGAAUAGUGUUUUUAAUUGAGAAAAUAUGUGGUUGGGACCAGUAAAUAAAGUACACUUCAUUAACUCUGAGGAAAAGAGCCAAAGUAAGAAGUUUUUAUAAGCCAGGCAUAUGUACGCUUGUAAUCCUAGCUGCUCAGGAGGCUGAGGCAGGAGAAUGAUGAAUUCAAGGCCAGCAUGGGCAACUGAGCAAGACCCUGUCUCAAAAUAUAAAGGGCUGGGUAUUCAGCUUAGUGGUAGAACAGUUGCCUAGCAUGGGUGAGGCCUUUGGUUCAAUCCCCAGUACUUAAAAAAACAUUUAAAUAAAGGAAAGAAUUUGAUUAUGAAAAUUACAUGUGAAGAAAUGUCAGAUAAAGCAAUAGAGUCAGAGGGUCCCAAACAAGAUGAUGUGAGGCAUUUUGGAAAUUUUCUGAAGGAAUUUUUUUCUUUAAUUUUUUCCCUAUUAAACUACCAUGUCAGACUGGAACUUGGUUACAUAAUGGUGUAUUUCUGAAUUAUUGAUUAAAAUCAGUUGCUUCUGAUUUUAGUCAUAGGUUUUACAACUGUUCAGUUCCACUACCCUCACAUUUCAUUUCUUUUAAUUACCAACUUUUUUUAAAUUUGAAAGUGUUUAGACGUAGAAUUUUUAAGUAAAUUUUAAGCCAUUGUUGUUAGGUGAGCUAAUGUGUUUGGUCUUAGAGGACCUGACUUUAGAUGCUUUGUGAUAUUCUAUAGUCUGCACACUAUUCAGUGUGUAUAGCAAAAUCUUUGUCCCUGUGAACUGCAUAUAGAAUGUUUUAUUUAGAAAUACAUUCUACUUCUAUAUGACCCUUUGUAAUCUGCAGUUGUUUACUCAGGGGUUUCAUAGUAGUGACAAUAUAUUAACUUGCUGUCUAAUGGUAUUUUUAAGACUGUUUAUCUAGUACAAGGUCAUUAUGGGUCCUAUCAGCAAUUCUGUAAACAUACUGUUUACUAGACCUUCCCUGUAAAUGUCCCCGGUUCCCAUUCUGUGUCAGCCAGUAGUCCUGUGGACAGUGACCAUUUGCAUGAUUUCUUGUUGCAUUGCUGCAUUCAGGCAUUCCAGGGCAUGAUGAAACAGUCAUUGAUGGUGCCUCUCUGGUACAGUUGACGCAUGCAUUGAUCUCUUUCUUCCACUGUUUUUACAUAGCCUUUAAUUAAAAGGAAAAGACAUACCACUACUCUGCAAUGCAAAAGUUUUCAAAUUUCUUUGCAUACCAUUAUGAAUCACUUCUCUUUCAGACUGAAAAAUGUUUUCAUCUAAGCUGUGUGGGAACAUAAGAACAAUAUCCUGCUUGUUUUAAAUGUUUUGUAUAUUUUAAAGUGUGGUCAGUAUUUUCUCCCUUUACCUUACAAACAGACCACCCCGGGAUGGUCGCUGCCCCUUGCACAGCUAAUCUCAUCCACACAGACUCCUGUGUAUGUGUGUCUGUUCACAGGUUUAUAUGGAGUCAGUUAUGAUAAGAAGGGUGAUCUAUCUACAAGGCUGAUGAGCCAGUUUCAUGGCAUGUUUAAUGUAUAAUUCCCAUGUGUCAUGAGAACUUCACUAGAAUGUCAUUAAACAGCCCAACUACCUCAUGUGAAAUUGGCUGUGGACAAUCUGUGUUAGAUGAGAAAUGUGUUCAAAUAAAUUUAUGCUCAUUAAUAGAUUGAACAAAAUGAUGUCUAUAUAAAGAAAAAACAUGUUAGACCAGAUGCCAAAGGCUAAAAUGUACAUAGAUUUCCUUGGAUUAAUUUUUAAGUCAGUAUUUAAUUUUACAUCUAGUAUUUGUAUGAAUGUUUGUGGUUUCAUAGAUCUGUGCACUUUGACUAUCUGUCACAUGCAGUCUUAUGUUACUGUACUUGUCCUUCAGCAUUUUAAAUGAGCAUCAUAUUGCCAGUAGAGAGCAAGAUAAACUACAAGUGUCAAAAUGGUUUGUUGGCUUUUUAAUUUAAUGGAUCUUGACUUAGAAUAUAAUGUGUUGGAGCCUUUUUAGGGCCAACUAUGAAUGAGAAUUUCAUGUUGAGGUUUGUAUUGCCUCUCUGUCCAAGUAUUCUAUAUCUCAUGGGGAAGGGGAAAAGGGGAGGGCUUUACUUUUUUGAAAAAUGUUUGAAAAUGUGUCAGAUUUUAUAUUCGUUAGUUACAAUAAACUUAUUUUUAAAGUA